AUGGCGCCGCCUAGGCAUCUCCCUGAGGAGAUUCAGGCAGCAGUACUCAGAAUCAAAGACGUUGAAGUUAACAAUAACACACCAAAGAUCCUCAACCAUGCCGUCGUUGAAGCCUUCUCAGAAGAAUAUCUUAAGGGUCUUAAACCCGGAACUUUUCUUCUUGGCACUCCAGAUGAAGAAGACGAGCUUGCUCGUUCCAGUACCUCUCGCGGAGACGACAGCGUCGGUUUUGACUCUCUACCAUCUUUUGGAACUCAAGACAGGAGGAGUGAUGAUAAUGAAGAGGAUCUAUUGUCUGAUAGCAUGUCCCUUGAUGAAGAUCUCUAUCAAGACGAAGAUGAGAUCCCAAUGGGAAUCGAACCAGAUCGAAAGAUCUUGGUAGAUGGAGAGACGUAUCAUGUCGCUGAGUAUCUAGGAAAGUCUUGGGUGGCAGAAAUUAUGGCACAGCAUAAUGUCAAGCCUCUCCAAAAGCCCCCAAACAUUCUUUUCAAUCCCUUUGACCACCAGCUCAAGGGAGCGGCGCAGAUCGACCACUGCCUUGAAGGCGUAUUCAAGUUCUUUUUGCUUGGCGACCGCAUGGGGAUGGGAAAAACACUGACCGCAACCCUGGCAAUGUGGAUACGUAAGGACGAACCGGGGAUGAGCUUGGUGGUGGCACCCGCUAGUGUAUGUGCGCAGUGGGUAAACGACAUACAUCGCUAUUUUGAUGAGGAAGGUGGACUGAGGGCAUACUGGCUUCACGACCCGAGAAAAUCGGCAUCUUGGCUGCUCUCCCAAGGCUUUGACAUUAUUGUGGUUUCUUACGAAUUUCUUGAAACGUCCCUAAGGCCAAUCCAAGCAUUUAAAGGCAGUAUCGAGGCAUAUGCCAACGCAACAAGACAUGCCACUAAGAAGGUACACUACCCAAAGCGCCCGACCUCGGCUUUAUUCUCGAAGAUAUGGAAAGUUACUCAGCAGCCUUGGAAGAGAACAGUCCUGGAUGAAGCUCACUGUGUGAGCAAGCGUUCUGGCAAACGUCACCAAGCCAUACUCAAGCUGCCAACAGUAGGUGUCGUGUGUCUUUCUGGCACGGCAGCUCAUAAUAAGUGGACUGCCUUCUCCGGAUAUCUUGAUUUCGUCAAAGCGCAUCCAUGGACAAGUCAUGCCCGCUUCAUGCGGACCUUUUGUGGAGCAAAUGCAAAUCCCAGUAAUCCUGGAGUGGUAGAAACAAGGCUCCUACAACGGAUGUUGCAAGCCAUUCUGGUUGCGCGGCCUUUGGAUGCUGAAGGAAUGUCAAGAUUGCAUGGUCUGACAGCUUUUGCCGUUUGUUUCGAGCUAGAUCCCUUUGACCAAAUCUUGGUCGCAACAUACACGCAAAAGUAUAAAGAAGAGGUCGUCAAGACCGCCCGGAUGGGGGACGACCAAACCGAUCAACUCAAAAACGACGGCGACGAUUCUCGAUCGGCGAUGGGUUGGGCAUCGAAGGCUCGCUGUGCAGCCGCCCACCCGUUGCUUCUCGCUGAGAUCCCAAAGAAAGCCAAUGUGCAAGUUCCUGAGACCUCAGAGCAAGGGCCUACAUUCGGCAGACUCAAGACGAUUACUGAAGACAUCCUGGACACAGAACGUGAUUAUUGGCUUGGCUUGGUGCAGAAAGAUUCCCGGCUUAUGGAGAAUUCUGCUCGUGUCAGAGUUUGUGUUGCAACAUACCUCUGGUAUCGUGCACAGUAUCCAGGCGAAAAGAUCGCCAUUGCCUCAGUGUCUCUCAAGAUUCUGGACAUCAUGGAUGAGGUCCUCAAGAAACGUUUGCAAAUCGACGCCGUCCGUUUCGACGGUACUGUGGCCCCACAGAAGAGGCAUGCGACACUACGAAAGAUGGAAGUUGCCGCACCAGAAGUACCACUUCUGAUAACGGCUGGCGCUGGUGCCUUCGGUAUCAACUUACCAUUUAUCUCUUGUCUCAUCCAGAUGGAGCCGUGGUGGAAUAUCAAUAUGGAACUCCAGUAUACCUUCCGUGCCUAUCGUCUUGGACAACAGAAACAAGUCAAGUACAUCCGCUUGGAAGCCACAAAUAGUGCCAUCGACCAAGAAACCAUCGAGGUACAACUCAGGAAGAAGGCCGUCAACGACCGUGUCAUGGCACCUCUCACCCAUAGCCACAAAGAUGAACCAAAGAUCCUGGACCUCUGGGUCUAG